UCUAUAAAAAGGAAGUUUUGUGAAGACAAUUUGCUUCACUGCAGAGGUUUAAAUAUAAGCUUUGUCUUUUUUCCUACCAAUGGCUACUACCUUAAAUCAUUUCAUGUAUGUCAUGUUCGUGUUGGGGGUGCUCAUAAUGGUCAGCCUCGAUUUCACAGCUGCGCAGACUGGUGUUUGCUACGGGAGGCUUGGGACUAACCUGCCUUCCGAAUCAGAUGUUGUGGCUCUAUACAACCAGAACAACAUACGCCGGAUGAGAAUUUACGAUCCCGACCAGUUAACUCUCCAAGCUCUCCGAGGUUCUAGCAUUGAGGUCAUCCUAGGUGUUCCAAACACUGAUCUUCAAAAUGUUGCUGCCAGCCAAGGCAACGCAGAUUCUUGGGUUCAAAACAAUGUAAGAAACUACCCGGAUGUUAGAUUUAGGUUCAUUGCUGUUGGGAACGAAGUCAGUCCAUUGAGAGGCGACACUUCUCAAUACGCACAAUUUAUCCUCCCAGCCAUGCAGAAUGUCCAGAAUGCUAUUUCUGCAGCAGGCAUAGGAAACCAGAUAAAAGUUUCAACAGCCAUUGAUACGGCAGUUCUUGGAGUCGACUUCCCCCCAGCAGAUGGGGCGUUCAGGCCUGAAGUUGGGGACUAUUUGAACGGGAUCAUUGAUUUUUUGGUGAAUAAUGGUGCUCCUUUACUUGUCAACAUAUAUCCUUACUUUUCGUAUAUUAACAAUAAAGCACAGAUCAGCCUUGAAUACGCUCUUUUCACAUCGGCUGAUGGGGUUGAUGCUGGUGGGGUACGAUAUCAAAAUCUUUUCUAUGCAAUUUUGGAUGCUAUGUAUGCAGCACUGGAGAAGAGUGGCGGAUCGUCCCUGGAAAUUGUGGUGUCGGAGAGUGGUUGGCCUUCGGAGGGAGGAGACUCGACAUCGAUUGAUAAUGCUAGAACAUACAACACGAAUUUGAUCCAACGUGUGAGAGAUGGGACUCCUAAAAGGCCUGGACGGGCUAUAGAAACAUACAUUUUUGCAAUGUUUGAUGAGAAUCAGAAGGACCCUGAGAUUGAGAAGCACUUUGGAAUCUUUUUACCAGACAGACAACCUAAGUACCCAAUCAAUUUUAACUAGCUUUAUUAGAGGAUUAAUGAGUGUGUCCAUGGAAUAAGGAUUAUGAUCCAUGCUUGCCUUCGUGUUUAAAUAAGGGUGAAUUGCUUACCUGCCUGUAAUACAUGAUAUAAGCAAAUAAAUUACCCCUUGUGAAAAAUAAAAAGAAUAUCAAUUUUGUCUUCUUCAAUUUUUAAAAAA